AUGUCGCUCGACUCGUCUGGCCAUCUUGUUCAGCCUACAGCAGCGCACAUUAAUUAUAGUAAGCCUUUAUCCUCAUUGUGCCCAGAUGCUGAUGAAAAAUUUUCUUCGAGUGCAUUACUUACAUCUGUUUCUCAGAUACGACAACGAAGCUCUCUUACUACGCUCUUCUCUUCAGCUGCACGCACCAUUUAUUCUGCUGUCUCUAGUUAUGUGCCGCCCAUUUCUGGAAAUGUGGUGGAUGAUACGAGUGAGAUUAAUAUUACUGAUUCUUCAUCUCAUUCCACAAAUAUGCCAUCGGACAGUUGUUUGUCUAAAGGCCACUCCUCUCCAACGCAAUUAAAUGCUGUGAAUGCUACUCCUACAAACUCAACCAAACCUUAUCCUUCGAGUCAUUCUUUCGCCCAGCACUCUGACUCAGCUAUAUUGCCAUUAGGUAAGCACGAUCGUUUGCUCCUUUAA